AUGCUCGGACCGGAAAUGUUCACAGCAGUCACCCAGCACACUCAGUCCAGGAGCGCUCGCAUCUCCAGCUGGGACCAUUCAGGCUUGAAUGAAGACGCCUUCGUCGUCCAGCCCGGGGAAACGGCCAUCCUGGCAGACAUCGAAGGGCCCGGAGUAAUUACGCACUUGUGGUUUGUGCAGGCAUGCCGCCGAAUUCUGGGCCCAGGCCUUAUUCCAUAUUCUAAGUCGGGCGUGGCCAUGCAAGAGGUUGAAAAUGGUCAGGGCGUCAAUUAUGAAGUUAUGGAUCCGGACUACUACCGCAAAGUGCUCAUCCGCAUGUAUUGGGACGACUCCGAGACACCUAACGUUCUCGCGCCACUCGGAGACUUCUUCUGCGUUGGCCAUUCAAUCGCGUCAAACUUCCAGUCGCUCCCUUUUACGGCAUCGGUGAAGCCGACUGAAGACAAGAAGUUUGGGGGAGCGGCCGCUUUGAACUGCUACCUUCCAAUGCCGUUUAACAAGCGAGCUCGGAUCGAGGUCGAGAACCAAAACGACAUUGCCUACUUCCAAUAUUUUUAUAUUGACUAUGAGCUGCGCGCAGAGCCUCACCCUGAAAACACGCUCUUCUUCCAUGCCCACUGGCGACGUCAGAAUCCGACGCCGGGAUGGGCGCCUCCGGACCUUCAAACAAACUCGUUGGAAACGAUGGUACCCAAUCUCGACGGGAAACAAAACUAUGUUAUUCUUGAGACGACCGGUGCAGGAGCUUACGUCGGAUGCAACCACUCCGUCUAUCAUUUUCAAGGCACAUGGUGGGGAGAAGGCGACGACAUGAUCUUCAUCGAUGACGAUACCUGGCCACCGUCGAUGCACGGCACUGGAGCCGAGGACUAUUUUAGUCAGGGCUGGGGCAUGCAGAAGAACGCCUUCCCCUUUGCGGGAUCUAUCAUCCAUGAGGGUGAAAUGCCACCGUACCAGGUCUCAUACCGCUGGCAUCUCCCGGAUCCUGUGAAGUUCAAUACCAGAAUUAAAGUCACCAUGGAGUAUGGGCAUGCUAAUCACCUAAGCGAUGAUUGGAGCUCAACAGCCUAUUGGUAUCAAACUCUUCCAGGACCCAAGCUGGAUAUUUUGCCCGUGUCUGAACGCCUCCCCAGACGGAUGGAGAUUAUCCCGCCUGUGUCAGACGAAAAGCCCGAGCUGGAUGAGAGGAGGAUGCAAAUGGUUCAGCAAAGACAGGAGAGGUUGGACGCUUUUGUAGCCGAUAAGUUGAAAUGGCUCGAGCGAAGGGCACAAGACAGCAGACAGCGUGCUGCGAAGAACAAGGAAGAUGCGGCGGACGUUCGGCGUAGAUUUUUGGAAGCUAUCAAGAAAUAG